AUGUUUGCUCCCCCACAAAACUUCUCUUCGAUGCUUGCAUCUCCUCACGAACCCGUGAGUUUUGCCAUGAAGAAACCGGACUUGAUUCCGGGUAUCUCGGAUGGCGUUUUGGCGCUUCUUUCGCCCGUGAUUGCGUACUGGACCUACGCUACCUUUUUCCAUAUCAUCGAUGUUUACGAGUUGGCGGAAAAGUACCGUAUCCACCCGAGCGAAGAGGAACAGGCACGCAACAAGGCGUCCCUUAAGGACGUGCUAUAUGACGUCGUCAUCCAGCACAUAAUCCAGACUAUCGUUGGGUAUGCAGUCUAUCGGUACGACGAGCUUCCGACAACGGGCCACGAACUUCAUAGUAUGUGGAACUUGAGGCAAACCUUGUUUCCUACCUUUGUUCCUGACUCCUUUGUAUGGUAUGGCUACAUGUACGGGUGGUCGUUGCUCCGGUUGUCCAUUGCGCUCUGUAUCAUAGACACUUGGCAGUAUUGGCUCCACCGCACCAUGCACACAAACAAAGUCUUGUACCGCCGCUUCCAUUCCCGGCAUCAUCGCUUGCACGUGCCUUACUCUUAUGGUGCUCUUUAUAACGACCCGGUAGAGGGCUUUUUGCUAGACACUGCGGGUACCGGGCUCGCUGCCAUUGUUCUUGCGCUCAGUCCCAGAGAGUCGUUGGUUCUUUACACUUUUGCGACCAUGAAGACUGUAGACGACCACUGCGGCUACAGAUUCCCCUUCGACCCGUUCCAGUUUUUGUUUCCUAACAACGCUUUGUACCACGACAUUCACCACCAGAACUGGGGCUUCCGUUCCAACUACUCACAGCCUUUCUUCACUUUCUGGGAUAAACUCACGGACACCCAGUACAAAUUUGUCAGCGAGUAUCAAGAACACCAGAAGCAAAUCACGUUGCAGAAGUACAAAGAGUUCUUGGAAAAGAGAAAACAGAACAAACUGAGCAAGGACAUGGCAGCGUCCGAUAGCACUGACAGCGAUAUUCUGGAGACGCAAGCCAAGAUAUCAAAAAAGAUGCAAUGA